CUAAAUCAUCUGAAAGGAGAAAAACUGAAAAUUAGAACCACACGUGCUUGGAUACCUAUGGUGACCAGAGUGAGGGUUUCGGAAAUAACGAUUUUAUCCACCCGUUUACGUCACUACUUUCGAAACAUGGACUGCUUGGACCUCCAGCCACCUGCCUCCGUUCGCGGAAUGCAGGAGCUGCAAAGGGAGCGGUUCCAGAAGAGUGUCCCCAUUCCCAGAUUGCGUGUACCUGAGUCCCACGUCCAGCUGGUGAUGCCUUUGGUCAAAAAGUUUCUGCUUAAAAUGGAGCACCUGCAUCCUGUGAGGGCGCUCGAAGCUAACCGUGAGAUCCUUCUGCAUCCGACACCCGUUAAGGACUGGGACUCUCUGCCCACUGAGGAGUUGCAGCAGAGGGAGGUGACCAAGGAGCAUUUUAUUGUAUCGGACCUAGAACUAUCCUAUGAGAAUUGGAGCGCCAACGAAAUACUGAAGAGCGUCCUGCCGGCGGAGGAGGAAGGCCUCACCUCCUACUCCCGCAUCGGCCACAUCGUUCACCUGAAUCUUAGAGAUCACUUGCUGCCCUACAAGCAGCUAAUUGGUCAGGUCUUUCUAGACAAGCUGCCCAACUGCCGCACGGUGGUGAACAAGGCUGCCACUAUAGACAACACUUACCGCAACUUCCAACUGGAGUUGAUCUGUGGAGAGGAAGAUUACCAGGUGGAGACCAAAGAGAAUGGGGUGCCUUUUGAGUUUGACUUUUCAAAGGUGUAUUGGAAUCCACGCCUCUCCACAGAGCACGAAAGGAUUGUAAAGUUGCUAAAUGCCGGAGACGUGCUCUACGAUGUCUUCGCAGGCGUGGGGCCUUUUAGUGUCCCGGCGGCCAAGAAACGCUGCCAUGUGCUUGCCAAUGAUCUAAAUCCAGUGAGCUUCCAGUGGCUGCAGCACAAUGCCAAAAGGAACAAGUGCUUGUCCCACAUCCAAAUGUUUAACAAGGACGGGCGGCAGUUUAUUCUGGAAGAGCUGAAGAAAGAUUUGCUGAAGCGCCUUUUGGAAACUGACACCACCUCCUAUUCCAUCCACAUAACCAUGAAUCUUCCCGCCAUGGCAGUGGAGUUCUUGGAUGCUUUUAGAGGUAUUUUUAAGGAGGAGGAGCUGAGUGACCUCCCUAGUAAUGUAGUUUACCCCUUGGUCCAUGUUUAUUCGUUUGCGAAGGGAGAAAACACCAAGCAGCUAGUGCAAGAGCUGGUUGAAAGCAAUCUGGGCACCACCCUGGAUGAUGAACUACUCCAGGGCAUCAGUUUUGUUAGAAACGUGGCACCCAACAAGGAUAUGUACAGGGUUUCCUUCAGGCUCUCGCACAGAUUACUGACAACUCCCAAAGAGGCCGUCUCGGUAGCCUCUAGGAAGCGAAGCGGCGAGGAGGAGGAUGUGCCCACCAAAGUGAAAUGUGUUUGAUAUUUAAAGGAAAUAAAGCUAUUACUUUAUUUAAAAACCAUGAACCAUG